AUGAACUCGACGAUUGUCAAACGAAUCCUCAUCUCUACCCUCCCAGAUGGUACGAAAGUGGCAAUAGGCGUCGAGCUUACUUCCGACCAAAUGCUAUCCGCAAAACGAGAACUUAUCCUCUCAGCGGUCCAUCAGGACGCCGCAACUCCUCAUGCUUUCCGGCAUCGGUCCAGUAGAGGAACUCCAACAGAGGGGAGAUCCUCUGAGACUACUUGGUCCUUUCUCAGCAGUGGGAACUCGGAAUCCCGAACUCGGUGCUUCCGUUGGGAGUCCGCUUUUAACGAUCCAGCGUUCACGACCUGGAGCCCAUUGGAUUGGCACACCACCGCUUCUGUUGAUCCCGAGGAACUCAAAACGGCACUAGCUCGUGAUUCAGGGGUUUCAGACCGGGAGAAGGAGGGACUUCUGAGUGCAGCAAGAUGUCAUCUCGGCAUACUGAUGCUUUAUAUCGGUGUCCCGCUCAACGGAACGCUCGUCACAGCCUAUGCCCUGAACCUUCUGCCUAUUUCGAGAUGGGCGAUAACAUUGAAACCAGCAGAUAUCGGUGAUCAGCCGGCGAUUGACCAUAAUCACUAUGCCACGGUUUCCGAUCAAUACAGGCUCCGCAUUGCGGUCCGAACAUUUGCCAAACUCAUGAACACCUCUCCUGUCGUAGACCUCUUUGCCGGGGAAGCCGUACCACCGAGUUUCAAGACGACACAUGAAGAGAGCAGUGAUGCAGAAUCGACGAGAGACUGA